AUGAAUUUUACUGAUUUGAUUAAAAGUGUUUUAUGCGAAAAAUCUCAAGAAAAAUCUCUUUCUGAUGAUUUUUUGAGCGAAUAUUGUAAAGGAUUAUUAAAAGAAGAUGAUUCUGAAAAUAAUUUCCAAAAAAAUGAAUUCACGAUUCAUCUUUAUGAAUGCAUUUCAGAUUGUUUAAAAGAUAAAGAUAAAUCUUCACGCUUUAGUAAAGGAAUUCUUGAAAGACCAUUUUAUUUGGCACUAAUUGAAAUGUUGACAAAUUGUUUUGGGGAUGGAGGAAAAUUUCCUGAUAACGUUAAAAAAAGUAAAGUUUUUAUGCUAGAAAAUAUAAAUUUAACACGAUUAGAAGAUAUUGAAAAUGAGAUGAAAAAAUUAAUUGAUUUGUGGAAUGGAUUUCCAAUUAUAUUUCAAAAUUCUCAUAAAUCAAUGAUCAAAGAAUUUUUAUUUGGUUUUUUAAAUUUUGAAGAUUUAAACACUUUCUUGGGGUUAAGAACAACUUUUAAAUCAUCAUCACACCUUCCACCAUCAUUUAACGAGUGUGUUGAGUCAUUUACAAGGGUUUAUAUUAAAAAAAAUCAAAAAAAGAAUCCCAGGAAUCCUAAUAGUAGUAAUAUAUUAACAAUUGGUGGUAAAGCAUUAUCAAAACAUUCUCAUCGUGACAAAUCAACUUUAUUUUGGGGAGUUUGUACUGGAACUGAAAGCAAAAAAAAUGAACAAGCAAAUCAUGUUUUAGCUAAAAUUAUAACAAAUGCAUCUUGGGUGAAUUUACAUUCACUUCCAAGAUCGCUCUCAAAAUCCCCAAAAAAAUAA